AUGCCCGGGAAACGACCAGCUGCAUCGGGAUAUGCUCGAAUAGCUCAGGCCGAGGAGGAGGAAGAGGAGGGCGAGGAGGGGGAGCGGCCCUACUCGGAUCAUGAGGACGACCCUUUUAGCGAUUCCAGGCACACUUUAUCCUCAAGCAGCCCUCAGUAUGCGCCCGUCCAACCCAGCCGCCGCGAGCAGAUGCGACAUCCGCACAGCGAUAGUCUCAAGAGACCCGGUCAGCGAAAGCGAACAAAUAGCGGUGUCGACAUCAAGGCAAUCAACGCGCGAUUGGAGAGAUGGGCGGACGAGAUAAAGGACAGAUUUACACGACGACGAGUCAAGGGCAAGAGUUCAGAGCAGGAGCACCUUGAGAUACAUCACUCUGUAUUCCAGCCGGUGGAUGGAUAUCGGCCAGCUACGAAAGAGGUGCUAGAAAAUGGGUACGACGAUGAGGGCGACCGGAUGUCGAAGCUGGAAUUCGAUGACUUGGUAGAGGCCGUCCGCACUGCCAUUGAGCUGGGAAUGCAUCCCACACUGAUUGCACAAGGUAGCAGCGGUUCUUACUUUGCUCGUACAAGUGGCGGGAAAGUGGUAGGUGUCUUCAAGCCAAAGGACGAGGAGCCCUAUGCCAGCCGCAAUCCCAAAUGGUCCAAAUGGAUCCAUCGCAACCUCUUCCCGUUCGCAUUUGGACGCGCGAUGCUGAUCCCAAAUUUGAGCUACGUGUCGGAGGCUGCAGCAUACGUUCUGGAUUGUCAGCUUCGGACAAACCUGGUUCCCUACACAGAUGUUGUUGGCUUGAGCAGUAAGAGUUUCCAUCAUGACUGGAUUGACAGAAGAGCCUUCUAUCGUAAAGGUCGACCUUUUCCCGAGAAGCUGGGGUCAUUUCAAGUGUUCUUGAAGGGUUACAAAGGGGCUACGGAGUUUUUCCGUGAGCAUCCAUGGCCUGACCACCAGAACAACCCACAAGCCUUGCAUGCGCGGAAACCACAGAAGAAGCGUUGGGACAAUUCUUGCAGGCCGAGUAGAGCGAGUACGACACCUGAGAUCUCUGGCGAUUACGACAGCGACGAUGAAGCGGAAGGCACGCCCGGAAACCAUAACAUAGCCGUGACCGAGUACUGGAGCCCGGAGCUUCAGCAAAGCUUCCGAGWAGAGCUCGAGAAACUGGUCAUAUUGGACUAUGUCAUGCGGAACACAGAUAGAGGYACGGACAAUUGGAUGAUCAGAGUGGACAAGGAGAAGAAUCAGGCGACCAUCGUGAAAGAGCCACCACGAAAAGAUGGUGAUGGAUACAAUAGAAGAAAUGAGAGCAUGACGCCCACACCCGAAACAACUGGCGGCGGCGAUGGUGCCAUUCCCAGGAUCGGGGCCAUCGAUAAUAGUCUCUCGUGGCCUUGGAAACACCCAGAUGCGUGGCGAAGCUAUCCUUUCGGGUGGCUCUUCAUGCCAGUAUCUCUGAUAGGACGGCCGUUCUCCGAAAAGACCAAACGUCACUUUCUGCCUCUGCUCACAUCAAAGGAAUGGUGGAGUGACACACAAGUGAAGCUACGCAAAUGCUUCGAAAUUGACGCCGACUUUCAGGAAAAGAUGUUUGCAAGGCAAAUGGCGGUCAUGAAGGGGCAGGCUUUCAACGUCGUGGAGACGCUCAAGACUUCAGACCACGGACCACUGGAGCUUACUCGCCGCAAUCGUGUCCUCGUUUGGGACGACUUGGUUGACAUUCCCGUCGCCGUUCCACUUACCCGGGCUUCAGAAGAGAUGCGAAGGCGAGCGGCCGCUCAUAAUGCUUCCAACGCAAGCAGACGUGCCAGAGGACUCAACCCAUCGGGAAGGACCCUAAGCGAAGAAGAGGAAAUGGACAUCUCUUUUGCACACCCCGAUGCAUCUAGCGCGUCGAUACCGAGUGGAGACCUCCUUCUCGACAUUCCGCGCAACAACGGCGGCAACAACCGCUUCAACCAAACUCGUCAACGCUCUUCUCAUGAACUCGGCCGUCCCGAGAUACAGGAGAUUACGAGCGAGAACCUCGCGCCGGGUGAAGAAGCUAUUGCAGGGACCAGACCUGGCGCGUAUCGCUCAAGCACCGGUGUGGACAAACUGAGCGUCGACGUAUCUCGGCCGAUGCCCUGGCAGAAUGCUUCCUCUCCGGCGCAGGCUCGAAGUAGACGGUUUAGCUUCAACUUCAACUCCCGCAGGGCAAGUUUCGGCUUUGACGAGGACGGCGAUUUGGGAUAUGCCGCUGCUACGACACAGGAGGGUAGCAUGCGCAAAGUCAUUGUCGAGAGGUUGGAGGUCGUCAAAAGCAAGACGCCUGUAUUUAGUUGGUGCUAG